CGGCGCAGUGCUGGUGGGGGGGACGCAGAGUUAACAGGACUUCAUGGACCAGCAUGUCACAGCAGCAGCGUUUUCUAUGUCUUCUUGUCCACGAUGCACUUUAGGAUUUCAAUAAGAUGCGUGUGUGUUUGCAGAUAAUCAUCUUCCUCCUCUUCUGCUUCCAGCCGCUGCGAGCUCAGGAUCCCGCCUGUUGCCAACAUGCUGCCGAGUUAUCGCCUUGCAAAGAAGCUUGUGACCAGCUUGCCACAAUAAAGAGUGAGUCACGUCUGAAGCAUCUCCUCCAGAGGUUACCCAGUUACUGUCCAGAGGCUAUGAAUGAACUUUGGACGUGCAUCAACUCUACACUUCCAGGAGUAUCCAGGAAGUCAGACGGCUGGGUGGGGCUUGGCUGCUGCGAGCUGGCCAUCUCAACCGAGUGUCGCAGGGUGUGCAAACAGGCAUCAUCUAAAAAUGACAUAACAAAACUAUGCAAAAAAGCCACAGAGAACGCCCUCUACAGCUGCAUCACCAAAAAUGAAAUGGGCUCCACAUGCUGCAGCUAUGCAGGACGUCACACCAACUGCAGGGAGUUCUGCCAGGCCAUCUUCAGGACCGACUCGACCCCCACUGUGUCCCAGAUCAACGCCGUCAAGGAUUACUGCCAAAGUCACAGCACUCAGCUGCUCAGCUGCGUCAGCAACUUCACCAAGUCUUACCCCAAGCCCAACCCCAGAGACAGUAUGCACUGCUGCGAUCGGGCCGAGGCCACCCACUGCCAGGUGGCCUGUCGGAAAAUCCUCAGCACCAUGCGAACGGAGCACGAGAUCAUGGAGGGUCUGAUCACCGAGUGCGACUCCCAGCCCCUCCCUCAGGAGCCCAUGUGGCAGUGCUUCCUGGGCAGCGCCAACCCUCCACCCCCCCCUGAGGAGGAGGUCCCCCACCCCGCCAAGAUGGACUGUGCCAAGCUGCACUGUUGCUCCAAAGCCAAUACCUCUCUCUGCAGGGACAUGUGUCAGGAGAUCAGCACCAACUGGGGCAGCCAGACGUGGCAGGACUUCGACCAGCGCUGCGAGUACAACCUGGUGGAGACGGAGCUCAUCAACUGCCUGGCCGACGUCCGGGAGCCCUGCCAGCUCGGCUGCAAGGACCUCAGCUACUGCACCAACUUCAACAACAGGCCGACGGAGCUGUUCCGCAGCUGCAACGUCCAGUCGGACCAGGGCGCCAUGAACGACAUCAAGCUCUGGUCCAACGGCACCAUCAAGAUGCCCUUCAUGAACAUCCCGGUGCUGGACAUAAGGAAGUGUCUCCCGGACAUGUGGAAGGCCGUGGCCUGUUCCCUGCAGAUCAAACCCUGCCACAGCAAAUCCAGAGGGAGCCUCAUAUGCAAGUCUGACUGUGUGGACAUCUUGACUCAGUGCGGAGACAGGAAACGUUUCCACGAAGGACAAACACCAGAGAGGAUCUGUGAGCUGCUGUCGCCCAUAGACGACCCUGAACGCUGCAUCCCUCUCCACAGAUACCUCAUUCCCAGUUCCCUCGGCAACAGCAUCAUCGAGGAGGUCAUCCACCCGUGCAACCCCAACCCCUGUCCCAGCAACCAUCUCUGCCAGGUCAACAGGAAAGGCUGCGUGGACGAGCUCAGCUGUCAGCCGUUCGUCUGCGUUCCAGGCUGUAAACUGGGCGAGGCCUCUGAGUUUCUGGUGCAGCUGGACGCUCGUAUCCAGGUCCCGACUCGUAACGGCCCGGCCGGCUGCUACGAGGUUUGCACCUGUGGGGCCAGCGGGCGUCUGGAGAACUGCUUGGAGAUGCCGUGCGUGGACACCAACAAGCCCUGCGUCAUAGGAGGCCAGAGGAAGAGUCAUGGGACGUCCUUCAAGAUCAACUGUAACCCCUGCUCCUGCUUCGCCGGCGACGUCAUCUGCUCCAACAGGAAGUGUCUCGGCUUCAGCAGCUCAGAGGACGAGCAUCAAGUCUUCACCGGUCUCCCCUGCAGCUGUCCCGACCGCUUCGUCCCAGUGUGCGCCAUUAAUGGACGGACGUACCCGAGCGCCUGCGUGGCUCGCUGCAUGGGCUUCAAGGACCACAUGUUCGUCUACGGCCAGUGUCGCUUCAGUAGCCCCUGCAUCGUCAAACCCUGCGCGAAGAACCAGAGGUGCGUCAAAAAGUACCGGGUGUGUCUCAGCGACUCGUCCGACUGCCCCCAGUACGAGUGCGUGGGCCGACUGGGACCCUGCGACAAGAACAGCGUGGAGCCGGCCUGCGACACCGACGGCUCCGUCCACCCCAGCCUGUGCCACCUCCAGCAGGCCGGGAAAAUCCUGGCCUACAUGGGCCACUGCCAGGACGCCUGCAGGAAGCCACAACUGGUGUGUGGACACAACGGAGAGACGUACGACACCGUGUGCGACGCCUUCGCCGACCGGGUGGCUGUGGACUACCAGGGGCCCUGCCACACCGUGGGCCCCGUGUCCGACGUGGCCCCCGACUCGGCCUGUAGCUCCGUGUCCUGUCCAGCUCUGUCCACUCCGGGCUGCCGUCCCGUCACGCCGCCCGGAGCCUGUUGUCCCAUCUGUGCCAGUAUGUUGCUGAUCCUGUUGAACCAGGAGCAGAUGAACGCUUUCUCCAAGCUGAACAAGAACCAGCCGGUGACCGUCCACGACGUCCUCCAGGUCCUGCGGCUCCACGUCUCCGUUCCACAGUGCGACGUCUUCGGCUACCUGAGCAUCAACCACGAGCUGGUGGUGCUCAUCGUCCCGGUGGACCAGCAGCCAACGCCGCUGCAGGUCGAAGCCUGCAGUAAGGAGGCGGAGAAGAUCGAUUCCCUCAUCAACUACGCCAGCCCCACCCUGGUCUCCCACGUCCCCCUCUCGGCCUUCCUCGCCUCCGAGAUCCAGACCUCCUACAUCCACUCGUCCGGGGCCUCGCUGCCUUCGCCCCGGCCCCCCGGCCUCUGCUUCCUCCUGGCCCUCCUGGUGGCUGCAGCCCCCGGCCUCCUCCACCUCUGAGUGCCUAUUACCUGAGAACUUUUUCCAAAGUAGCCGCCCUCCCUCCCCCUUCCCCUCCCGUCCCUCCCGGUUUCCUGGGAGGGACGGGGUGUCAGGAGGUGAGUGUGUUCAGGCGACAAUCAUUCUUGACUGACCUGCGUUUCAAACAAUCAGAGCGGUGGAAGAGCUGUUAUUAAGAAGGAGGAAAAAUCAAAGCUUUUGUGUGAACAGUGUUAUUAUUCCAGACGUGAGGUGAAGUGUGCGAGUGUUUGUAUGUGAGAGUGACCUUUUUAAAGAAGCGCUUGGCUUCGUACCAGCGCUGUUUACCCAUUAGUCCCCAGCUGCACGUUCUCCUCAGAAAGCUGUAAAUGUUUCAUGACUCAUUCUGCUGGUGUGUGUGCAGACAAACUCCUCAUCUGGCAGCACAUCUGUUUGACAAAUCACCUGAAACUCCCUUAAUCCACGCAGCUAAGUGACACGUCUCCAGCCUCUGGUACAUGACAAAUGCACAACCUGUACCACGGUGUGUGGUAUAAGUACAUAUAUAUAUAUAAAUAUAAAUCUAUAAAUACAUGUGAGGUGUACAUGGACCUAGAGUUUGAACCUCUAACCUCAGCAGUGUUAGAGCCGUGCUCAUGGACUGAGUCGGCUCCAGUGAAACUAAAAAAAAACGGUGAGACGUUCUCCAAAUUAAAUCUAUUGAACCUGAUGUGGUGCUCAUAAAAUAUCUUAAACACGCUGCAUUAAAAACAAAGUAUUAUCCAUAAUAAUCCAUCACGCACUUAAACGGAGCGGCUGCAUCAGACAAACUUGUUCUAAAAAUGGAUUCGUCUUCAUUUAGAGCCAUAUACAAGCUUCAGUUACAUCAUUUUCAUAAUGAUUAAGUGGGUUCGUGUUAAAAUAAAAUCUUCUCUGCGUGUUACUUUCAGAAAACUUUAUCCUUAACCUAUGAAACCAGAAAGAGAAAAACAUUUACAGGGUUGAAUUUACCUUCCUCAGAGGCUACGGUGCCGCAACUGAAGAAUAAAAUGCACAAAUGUUGAGAUUUAAAAAGAGGAGGAAAUGUUGGUUGAAGUGUAGUUUCAUGUCCCAUCACUUCUUACCUGCUGCUGUUGGCUAGGCUAGUUAGCUAGGCUAGUUAGCUAAGCUAGUUAGCUGGUGUCUUCUAAAUGUGUUGCAUUGAAUGCAUUGACUCAAAUGAUUUUAAAUUCAUUUUAAAUUCAUUGGUUAAUUGGUUAAUUAACUCGUCGUGUGUCGUCUCUGAACCAAAUAAUACAUUAUCUCAGUGGAACUUCUUUUUGAAAAGCUGGUUCCUCUGAUGAAUCCACUACGGUUAAAACUAAAGUCACAUUGGGACACGGUUGCUAACGGCGACCACAAUCCAAAACUCAGGACUGUGUCUGGUGAACAUCAUGAUCAAAUCAUUACGAAAAAAAAAAAAAAAAAGUCCUCUGGAGGCGAAGCUCAAAUGUCCGAUUGUCUGUGAAUGCAACCAGAAUCCAUCGCCUCAUGCUAAUGAUGCUAAGCUAAUGGUACAGUCCAGUUUUACCGAACUGAGUCCUGACUCCUGUGUUGGAGGUAUUUUAUGAGCACCACCUUUAAAACCCUCCGUGUGAGGCCAGUAGCUCCGAGAAGCUUUUAAAGGGACGUUUUCUUGUCUGUACAUAUAUAAUAAAUAAAUAAACUAGAAGCCAUUUAAUGAGAAAAGAGGACAAUCAUCUAGUCAGUGCCUCCUGCGCCCCCUGUCUGGGUGGAGAGGACCUACCACACUAUGCCUCGCAUAUAGUGUCUUAUAUGAAGUAAAAAAAUAAAAAAUGCAAUAACUUUAUAUUUGUGUUAAGAAAUGUUUAUAUUUGUAUCUGAUUGUGAUGAUGUCACCUAUGUGCCAUGUUUUUUUUUUUUGUUUUUUUUUAAUCUUUAUUGCAUGAUGACAAUUAUGAAGUGUGUUUUCUCCAGAAUGUAUUAGUGUGUUUGUUUCUUUCUGCCUGUACAGCACAACAUGUGUCUCCUCCUCAAACAGUAUUACCGUGCUAGGCAGCUCUGUAGCAUUAUUGAUAUUAUUAUUAUUAUUAAUAUUAUUAUUAUUAUUAUUAAAUGGUUAUUGUUA